AGGCAGGUGCAGGCUGCGGGUGGCCAGGGCAGCUCACUCAACUAGCUCCCAGCCGCAGCAAAGAGGUUUUUGACUUUGUGCUAGUGGCCCCUUGCUGUGCUCCCCUGGGGGACACGCCCUGCCGGCAAAGGCAGCGGGCACACGUGGGGCUGGGCCUGAGCCGCGCUCCCACAGGGCCGAGUUAAGGUGACGCGGGCGCCGGUCGCUCGGCACGUUCCGGUGUUUGGCGGUUGAGCACUGUCCAGCGCGCGCGCGCCGCCUUCGCCGGUGGGGGUUUGUCAGCCAGUCACGCGUCUCAGGACCCCGAGGCCAGCGCGCCCGCGCGCGCUGGAGCCCCGCGGACUAGCGGAGACCCCCGCCGCGGUACAGGCGGAGAGGGGCGGAGCUCUGGUCCUUCCGCAACCUCUGCCCUCGCCGUUCUCCCCCACUCACAGCGGAGCGGGCAGGGAGCCCACUGCCGGGUCCCGCCCCCUCCCCACCUGUGCGUUCUCCCACCCCAGCCCGGCCCAGAACGUAUCGUGACGUCAACCCAGGUGCUUUCCCUGGGAUGGGGUUUCGACGGCCCCGGCUAGGCGGAGGCUGGUUGGCUGGGACCGCGCAUGCGCAUGACGGCGGCGGUGGCAACUAGCGAGCCGCGGCGGACGGUGAGGCAGGCAAAGACGGAGCGCGCGGCGAGUGGGGACUUGCGCUCGCUGCCGCUCGUGCUCUGGGCGGAGCGAGCGGGCGAGCGAGAGGUUAUGAGCCUGCAGGACUCCAGCGGCCACCCUCGCUCCGGCAGCGGCCAUGGCAGCCUCCAUAGAGCGGGAGUUCCAGGAGAUCGACACUGCUAACGACUGGCAGGCUCGCUACCUUGAAAUACGGCAUAAAUCCAAUGACUAUCCUCAUAGAGUUGCAAAAUAUCCAGAAAACCGAAAUCGAAAUAGAUACAGAGAUGUCAGCCCAUAUGACCAUAGUCGUGUAAAACUGCAGAACACAGAGAAUGACUAUAUCAAUGCCAGUUUAGUAGUCAUAGAAGAAGCCCAAAGAAACUAUAUUUUAACACAGGGUCCACUUCCUAAUACUUGUUGCCAUUUUUGGCUAAUGGUAUGGCAACAAAAGACCAGAGCAGUUGUCAUGCUAAACAGAAUUGUUGAAAAAGAGUCUGUAAAAUGCGCACAGUACUGGCCAACAGAAGAAGAGGAAGUCAUGAUGUUCAAGGAAACGGGAUUUUGUGUGAGGCUAGUAUCAGAGGACAUAAAAUCCUAUUAUACAGUACACCUACUACAAUUAGAAAACAUCAAUAGUGGUGAGUCCAGGAUGAUAUCUCAUUAUCAUUAUACUACGUGGCCAGAUUUUGGAGUCCCUGAGUCCCCAGCUUCAUUCCUCAACUUCUUGUUUAAAGUCAGAGAAUCUGGUUCGCUGAGUCCUGAACAUGGACCUGCCGUAAUUCACUGUAGUGCAGGGAUAGGACGCUCUGGCACAUUUUCAUUAGUAGACACCUGUCUUGUCCUGAUGGAAAAAAAAGACCCUUCUUCUGUAGACAUUAAGCAAGUAUUAUUGGAUAUGAGAAAAUAUCGCAUGGGACUUAUUCAGACACCUGACCAGCUAAGAUUCUCAUAUAUGGCUGUUAUAGAAGGAGCAAAAUUUAUCAUGGGGGAUUCAACUAUACAGAAACGGUGGAAGGAACUUUCUAAGGAGGACCAAGCACCAAGUUCUGAGCAGUCUCCUCCACACCCAACCAGAAUAAAUACAGAGAAGUACAAUGGGAAUAGUGUUGGCUUAGAAAGACAGGAGCAAAUGGGGGAGAAAAUAAAUACUGAACUGCCCACUAAAGUGCAAGAUAUCAUGGAUGGAAGCAUUGAAAGUACGGUUCGGAAACGGCUACGAGAGGAUAGAAAAGCUCACACAGCCCAGAAGGUGCACCAGAUGAAACAGAAGCUAAGUGAGACUGAAAGAAAAAGAAAAAGGUGGUUAUAUUGGAAACCUAUUCUCACUAAGAUUGGGUUUGGUACAGUCAUUUUAGCUGGAGCUUAUUCUUGCUGGAAACUGUAUUUUCAAGAACAUUCCCUGCCGAGACUGACUGACAUCUAAACCUCCAAGACUUGUGAAUAUUCUGCAUCUAUAAAUUGCAAACUAUUGACAUGCAAGGCAAGAUAUGAACCCCUCUCCGGGAACAAAAGUGAGGUCUGAUAAAUACAAGAAGGCCUCAUAAUAAUCUGUUUACAACGUAAACUACAUCCAGGGGAUGAAGAACACCACCAGCAUGCUACUUUGCAAAACAAAAUAACUUGCUGUCUUUUGUGUUUUUUAUAAUGUCUGUACUAAUUGUAGAAAGAUGUAAAAGAAAUAAACUAGAAAAUACUUUGUACUGCCAUUUUUAUUGUAUUUUUAUAUGUUUUUGGCAGCAUUAAAUAUUUUUUUAAAUUGAAA